CCUCUGGGGCUGCUGCGCUCGUGUUUAGUUUCCCUCUCAUAGUCAAAGGAAGGAUCGAUUCCUUUGGGAAGAGACACAAAUCACUUCAAUUUGAUCAAGAGAGAGCUAAGGAUACAGCCUCCUCUUGAUUUAGCCACUUUUGAGGUUCUUUUUUUUUUUUUGGCCUGACAAAGAAAAAUCGGAGAAAAAGAAGACAAGAGGAGAAAAGUUGUUAGGUCAUGAUGACAUUUGAUAUGAGAUCUGCUUGAUCGCACCAGCUGCUCCCAGGAAACAUUAUCAGCAGCACAAGAAAAGACGACUUGGUUUUUGUUUCCACUUUCAGGCUUGGUGACACCGGGAUCUGUCCUGGUUUCCAAACUCCUUCCCAUCUCUCUCUCUCUCAAGCGCGCGCGCGCGCUCUCUCUCUCUUUUACGCACGGGAGGUGGGCACCUGAGAACACUACCAACGGGAAGAGAGUGCGAGACAUCCCGGUUUCAUGUUUGGGAUUCAGGAGAGCAUCCAAAGGAGUGGGAGUAUUUUGAAAGAGGAGCCCAUCGGAGCCGGCAUGAACGCAGUCCGAACAUGGAUGCAAGGCGCCGGGGUGCUGGAUGCGAACACGGCCGCGCAGAGUGGAGUGGGACUGGCCCGGGCGCACUUCGAGAAACAGCCGCCCUCAAAUCUGCGCAAAUCCAACUUCUUCCACUUCGUUUUAGCCCUUUACGACCGACAAGGACAGCCGGUGGAAAUCGAGAGAACCUCUUUUGUCGGAUUUGUGGAAAAAGAGAAGGAGACUACAGGAGAAAAGACAAACAAUGGCAUACAUUACAGACUGCAACUUCUCUACAGCAACGGCAUCAGAACAGAGCAGGAUUUUUAUGUAAGGCUAAUUGACUCCAUGACUAAACAGGCCAUCAUAUAUGAAGGUCAGGACAAGAAUCCGGAGAUGUGCCGUGUGCUCCUGACUCAUGAAAUCAUGUGCAGUCGCUGUUGUGACAAAAAGAGUUGCGGGAACCGCAACGAGACACCCUCGGAUCCCGUCAUCAUCGACAGAUUUUUUCUCAAGUUUUUCCUGAAAUGCAAUCAGAACUGCCUGAAGAAUGCAGGAAAUCCACGGGACAUGCGGCGCUUUCAGGUGGUUGUGUCGACGACAGUAAGCGUAGAUGGACAUGUUCUGGCUGUUUCGGACAAUAUGUUCGUGCACAACAACUCGAAACAUGGCAGAAGAGCUCGGCGACUGGACCCGUCGGAGGGAAUGCCGUCAUAUCUGGAGCACGCUGCACCUUGUAUCAAAGCCAUUAGUCCCAGUGAAGGCUGGACAACAGGAGGUGCUACUGUCAUCAUCAUCGGAGACAACUUCUUCGACGGGCUGCAGGUCAUCUUCGGAACCAUGUUAGUCUGGAGUGAGCUCAUCACGCCUCAUGCCAUCAGAGUUCAGACCCCACCACGUCACAUCCCCGGGGUGGUAGAGGUCACGCUCUCUUAUAAGUCCAAACAGUUUUGCAAAGGCACACCAGGAAGAUUCAUCUACACAGCUCUGAAUGAACCCACCAUAGACUACGGUUUUCAGCGGUUACAGAAGGUGAUACCUCGGCAUCCAGGAGACCCUGAACGCUUGCCAAAGGAAGUGAUUUUGAAGAGAGCAGCAGAUCUAGUGGAAGCACUUUAUGGAAUGCCUCAUAACAACCAGGAAAUCAUUCUUAAGCGAGCAGCAGACAUUGCUGAAGCCCUGUACAAUGUGCCACGAAACCACAACCAGCUCACCGGCCUCACCAACAGCUCCGUCCAUGCAAGCAUGAUGGGAGUGAACUCCUUCACUGGACAGCUCGCCGUUAAUGUCUCAGAGUCGUCUCAGGGUGGAAACCAGGGUUUCAGUCGUAACACGAGUAGCGUAUCACCACACGGAUAUGUGCCCAGUUCCACCCCUCAGCAGAGCAGUUACAGUACGGUAUCCACCAGCAUGAACGGCUACGGCAACAGCGGCAUGACCAACCUGACCGGCUCCCCGAGCUUCCUGAACGGCUCUGCCGCCAACUCGCCCUACGCAAUCGUCCCCUCCAGCCCCACCAUGGCCUCCUCCACCAACCUGCCCUCAAACUGCAGCAGCUCUUCUGGAAUCUUCUCCUUCUCUCCGGCAAACAUGGUUUCAGCUGUGAAACAGAAGAGCGCGUUCGCUCCUGUCGUUCGGCCCCAGUCCUCACCUCCACCUACAUGCACUAGCACCAAUGGGAACGGUCUCCAAGAUCAGUCUUUUGUCGACUCUAACAAGUACUCCACAGCCAGCGCGCUCCAGGGCCUGGCCUUCUCCUGAAGUAUGUUACUCAUCCGUUACUCCUCCCACAUCCAUCCCACUGUUUCUAUAUCUGAUCAUCCAUAUACCAACAAAUAACAGUGCUCUAGCAUAACAUGUAUGCUUCUUUUUUUAUGGUGUUAAUGA